GGCAGCACCAGUGUUUUACCCCGAGCCCCACCUUCUGCCUCGCGGCCAGGUAAGCAAACUUUCCCAGAGUUAUUCACACCUGUCCGGCGUCACUCAACAAACUCACCCCACAGACUGUGAGGACACUUCCCGAGCUCCAGGAAGGAGGGGGGGUUAGUCUCCGUCACAACCAUGGCCGAUUCCCAGCUCAUGUGCAUGGAGGACGGCCACAUCGGUGUCAAGAUCCCCGAGACCAAACCCGAGUUCUACUACAGCGAGGAGCAGCGCGCGGCCAUCGAGGAGCUGCUCAAGAAUGGCGACGGUGCCUUUAAGAUGCGCCUCAGUGAAGACAACAUGAAGGACUUUCUGUCAGCCAGAGAGGUCAAACAUCUACUGAGCACUUUCAAGAAGUACGACGUGGGGGAUGGAGACAGUAAGGGCAGUAACAACCAGGCAGGGGCUGACGCAGACUCAGGGAUCCAGUCCACCUACUGGCCCCAGAUGUCAGACACUGAGGUCCCACAGCUGGACAAUGGCUGGCCCAAUGGGAGCAUGUUCAGAGGGGUGACCCGGGUGGCCGUGCACACACACCCGCCUAAAGAAAACGGACCUCACAUCAAGGAGGUGGUGAGGAGGCUCAUCCAGGAGGCCAGCAAGGUGAUAGCGAUAGUGAUGGACAUCCUCACAGACGUCCACAUCCUGCAGGACCUGAUGGAUGCAGCCUGGCGUCGCUCUGUGCCCGUUUACAUCUUGUUGGACAUCCAAGCCGUGCCUCAUUUUCUGGAUAUGUGCUCCAGGCUGCAGAUUGGCUCUCAGCAUCUUCGGAAAAUACAAGCCAGAUCACUUCAAGGAAUCGGCUUCAAUAUGUCCUUCGGCAGAUUUCCUGGUUCCCUGUGUAACAAGUACAUGCUGGUGGACGGAGACAAAGUCAUGUUUGGCUCUUACAGUUUCGCCUGGUGUACGUCUCGUAUGGACCGGAACAUGAUCACCGUGAUGAGCGGACAGGUGGUCGACUUCUUUGACCGAGACUUCCGGGAGCUUUACGCCAUGUCUGAUAAAAUGAACCUCUACAAGGAGUUCCACGUCAGUCCACCUGCUGCCAACAAGACCGCAACACUAUCUUCCAAAGUGGGACCCAAACGCCCACCUUUACCUGCCACCACCUCACGCUUCCAGGUCACCUUAGGGGACUCAAGGAAACCUGACAUCCAGGUGCCUGCGCACAAAUUCUACAACCCUAAAUACUCACUGGUGUUUGACAACCCUCCACGUCCGACAGGGUCUCUGCAGGAGCCGGGACCUAAAAGAAAGCCCACUCUGGCUGAAGUUCUUGAGGAGACGGAGGAGGAAAAGCCACGAGUGGCGCGUAGUGAUAAGACGGAGCGGAUGAGUCCGAUGGCCAAAAUGGCGCCGAGUGACGUCUUCAAGAAGCCAAACGGGGUCACGUCAGAAAAGAAGGGACGGCGGACACUGAAGGUCAACUGGAAUAAAUUGACCAGUAAGGAUCCGGCUCAGGGCCUUCCGGACAGUCAGAGCACUCCACCCAAAGACGCCAAAAAGAACUCUUCACCCGCAAAAACCCGUAAGAGCCCCCAGACCGCAGAAGCCAAUAAGACUGAAGAGAGCGAAGACAGCUUUGAUGUUGUCUUGAAAACUCCAGGCAAAAGGAAGAGUAAGAAGCAGUCCAAGCUGGGUCGGAGGUCGGUUUCUGAACAGGCAGUCAACGCUGGAGAAGACAACGAGAGUAUUUCGAGUCAUCGUCAAAGUAAGUCACCCUGCAAAGUCUCCUGAGGUGAACCUGUCGGUCUAACCACAGAGCACAUUACGUUCUUGGAACGGUUCAAGGAAGGACUUCUUUAACACUCCCAUCACCUUUGAUCGAGCAGGAGUGUUAACAUUUUAUAAACAGCACCUUUAAAGGAAGACCAAAUGAAUGUACAGUCCUUCAGGUACUGAAACCGUGUGGUGCCAAAUUUAAAAUACUGAGGCGAAAGCCAACAUGCUCGGGUGAAACUGUUACCCUCGAGGGGGAUGCAGAGAGUUUUAAUAAGAUGUUCUUUUUUUGAUUUACUGCAUCUUGAUUUCUCUGGAGUUUCUGGGUCAGAGCACAUACAUGUUGAUACUGGAACAACUCUACUACAAACACUACUACUACUACUUUUUUAGAGGUUUUCAGGGAAACAAGAAUUUAAGGGGAGCAGGUUUCUAAUGUUACAAGUUCCUACACAUUAUCCAAUAUCUAAAAGUUAAACCAUGUCCUUUAAAAAAUAGAAUUCAUACCAGUAAGACUUCUAUCAAUCAAUCAGACUUUAUUUAUAAAGCGCUUUUCAUACAAUGACAUUGUAGCACAAAGUUAUGUACAUAAAAACAACUUAAA